UUCCACACAAAAUUCGUGACCUUUCUUUUCCCGCCAUCCCAAAACCAAGCUUCUCCCACACGCUCUCUUUCUCUCUCUAACCUCCAUAUAAAAACCCCAAACAGAAAUCCAGAAAUGAACGGAAUCCGAAGAAGAAGUAACAGAAAACCAGAAAUGGAAGCUUCCCUAAGAAACCUGAGAAUCCAGAAGCCUCUCUCCGAUUGCAGCAACACCGUCACCGUCACCGACAGCGCCGCCGCCGCCUCUACCCAGUCGUCUACGGCCUCCAGCGGCGAGAUCAAACGCCACAACCCGACGCUGUCCUCCGUCGUCAACACGCUCGUCGCCUCCUUGACUGCCAAAAACGACGCCGUCUCGAGCCCCAGGGGUUCCUCUCCUUCUACUCCUCAGGUUUCCUCCUCCGUUUCAGGUACCAGUGGAUAUGAGGUUUCAGAGCCUUCUUCAGUGUACAGUCGGAGACAAACGGCAGUGAAAAGGAAGAUUACAGGGAAGGAAAAUGAUGUACCAUUCAGUUGCCCUCGGACGCCAAAAACUCGGAAUGUUGGGAAAAAAACGAAACAAGAUGGUUGCAACAUUCAAUCCAAGAUUGAUUCAACACCAAUUGCUUCCACUCCUACACCUCGCGUUUCAUCAUCAACUUUUGAUACCAUUAAUCGUGAUGUAUUUGAGCCUCAUUCAGUGUAUGGUCGAAGACAGACUGCACAAAAAAGGAAAAGCAAAGGGCAGGAAAACAUUGGAGCUUCUAGUUGCCCUCCUGCACUGAAGAUCGGGAAUACUUGGGAUAACUCAAAUGAAGAUGGACAGAACCGUCUAUUCAAGAAAUCCAAGGCUCCUUGUAAAACGAAGGUUUUACCAGCUAAAAAAGGAACUUCCGAGUACACAUCGCCAGAACUUGAAAAGCAGAAAGCUUACUUUGCAGAGCUCGAUAAAUAUGAACUGGAGGAGGCUGAAGAAUGGGAGUUGGAAUGA